AUGAGUAAACGAGAAGAUGAGGUCUCACAGGGCCAUACAAGCCCAGACGCUCUUGCUAGUCUCUUGCGAGAGUUGAAGGAAGCUCUCGAGUACUCAAUAAUUUUGACUCCUGAUUCAGAAGGUUAUUUGGACAGUAUCAAAAGGUGGAGUGAUGAGGUUGAGAAGAGAGCGGGAGUCGUCGUGUAUGUUGGUUCGGCGCAGGAUAUUGCUAGUACAAUCCUACUAAGUCGGAAACACUCAAUUUCGUUCGUGGUGGCUGGAGGAAAGCAUUCAUCAAGCGGGGCAGCUUCAACGGAUGGAGGCUUGGUAAUCGAUUUGGCAAAGAUGAGGAAAGUGGAAAUUGAUACAUCAAAAAAGAUCGCGAAGGUGCAAGGCGGCUGUAUUUGGCAAGAUGUCGAUGAAGCAGCAGCAAAUCAUGGCCUUGCAAUGGUCGGUGGCACGGUCAACCAUACGGGAGUUGGAGGACUCACUCUUGGAGGAGGAUAUGGAUGGCUCUCUGGUCGGUAUGGCCUGACAAUCGACAGCCUCUUACAGGUACAGAUCGUGCUUGGUGACGGCAGCAUCAACACGGCUUCCGAGAACGAGAACCCUGAUUUAUUCUGGGCAGUCCGAGGAGCAGGCCACGGCUUUGGAGUAGUCUCCGAGUUUGUUUUCGAGACACACGAACAAAAGAACAACAUUUGGUCCGGUCAAAUGAUAUGGCCAGCAAGCACCAAGCUCGGUGGAGUUAUAGACUUCGCUAAUGAUCUUUUGACAAAGUCAGAUCCGGACUCAGCCAUGGUCUUGGGCGUUACAGCACCUCCAUUCAUGACGGAGCCAGCAGUCGUGGCGACGGUCUUUCACAAUGGCUCCCAAGGCGCCGCGGAACGUAUCUUCAAGCCAUUGCUCAAUUUGCAGCCGCUCAAAAACUCAGCCCAAGAGCGUCCAUAUCGCGAGAUGAAUGGUAUGAUGAACCACGCGGUCCCUUAUGGCGGGCGCAAGCUGUCCAAAGGUGCCUGCUUCGUUCCCCCGCUGUCAGCAGACUAUGUCCGCAGUCUCAUCGUGGAUAUGCAAAAAUUGCACCAAACCGUGCCCGGGUCCCGUAGAUCGAUUGUACUGUUCGAAUAUCUCCAUCCUGAAGCGUGGUGCAAGAUACCCAACGAUGCCACGGCUUUCGCGAACCGGGGGCGUCACCAGAACGUGAUGAUUGGACCAUUCUGGGACAAUGCCGAGGAUGACCAGAAAAUCCGGCUAUGGGCCACGGAAAUUGCGAAGAAGGCCGAGAUGGAACUCGAACGUGUAAAGGAGGAAGCCGGAAGUCCAGCGUGGAUGGAACACAUUGGGGAAUAUGGCAAUUAUGAUGGCCUACUCACCAAUGCUCGCCGAAUCUUCGGCAGCAACUUUGACAAAUUGCGCUCGCUAAAGAUCCGCUAUGAUCCUGACAACGUCUUCGACAAAUCUCACUCCUUGUUAUCGGCGAGGGAAGAGUAA